GGGCCCAGUAUUCUGUUACCGCUCCCCACCCGGCUUUAACACGUAACGUUUUUUGGAAAAGACUCUAUUCACGCCGGUCAUCUUACAUCGCUACGAUGCAUCUUUGCAGAUAUGUAUUUUUUCUGUUUUUCCUUGGAUUUUGUAUCGAUGUAGUUUUGAUGCGAGUCUUGAGGAGGAAAGUCAAUCACCCAUUCACCGUGAAAGACCCAAAGUCAGCCAUUCGCGUGUGCUGGUCCAAAGACUGCGUUCAAACUGCCUCAGAUUUGUUGAAUGCGAUUUCGCCUGAUGUUGACCCGUGUAAGGAUUUCUACGGGUACGCUUGUGGGGGCUGGAUCCGGAAAAGCGAAGAAAAGUACAAGAGCGAAAAGUACUCCAAAGACCAGUUUACCAUCAUCGAGGAAGAAAACGAGGCAUUCCUCAAAGCCGUAUCGGAGGAUAGAGAAAUACGGGCGAGAUACUCAAAGGUUGAGGCCAUCACGAAAGCUCUAACACACUACAGCUCUUGCAUGGACAUGGACACAAUUGACGCACGCGGGGCUAAACCAAUGCUCGCACUGCUGAAGAAAUACGGGCUUGAUACCAUCUUAACCGGGAAGUGGAAUGAAAAAGACUUUGACUUCACCCAAAGCAGCAUCCAGUUAAGCGCCGAACUCGACGUUAGCCCCUUUUUCACAAACAAGGUGGAGCCUGAUCCACGAGACAGCAAAAGAAAUAUGAUCAGCCUGUCCCAGAACUCUUGGCUUAGUCUGGAUUUAUACUCACUCCGAUCAAACACGACACAAAGCCGACGAGCUGUGGAGCUGUACAUCGAAUACAUAGCCAACAUGACGUCCAUGCUAGGAGCUUCUCGUGAUUAUACAGACAAUAUCCACAAAUUUCUCGACAUCGAGAAGCAUAUAGCAAAGCUGGUUGUUCCGUUUUACCGAUAUGAAAAGGAUAAGUUGUACAGGAAGAUGUCUCUAGACGAACUGAGACGGCUGACAUAUCCAUCUAAGCUUGACUGGCAUCGGUACGUCGAGGGCGUGUACGGCUCAGGAGAGAGGAGUAUCUCCAAGGAUCAGGAGAUCAUCGUGUACGGCGUUGACUAUAUGCGCGAAGUCAACAAACUCAUGAACCAAUUCUCCAACAGGACGUUAGCAAGCUACCUAGCCUGGCUUGUGAUCGAUGCAACUCACUACUACCUUGGUCAAGAUGCCUAUGACGUUUAUGGGAACUACAGCGUCAUUGCUCACGGUUCCUACCAGCCUCUGGCUAGAGACAAGCGGUGUUUUUAUAUCCUGAAGAAAAAUUUUGGUCUGCCGCUGGGCAGAGUGUUCGUGGACGAACGGUUUGGAGAGAAGAGCAAGAAACUGGUAAAAGAAAUUGUAGAGAAUAUUCGACAAGUCUUGGUGACGGAUUUACAGAAUGUUGAUUGGAUGGAAAGCAAUUCGCGACAGGCAGCUAUUAGAAAGGCUAAAACUAUUAGAGAGAACAUUGGCUUCCCGGACUACCUCUUGGACGACAUAAAGCUGGACGAUAUUUUCAGAGACGUGGUCUCUGAAAGAGGCAAAUACUUCGAGUCAUCUGUCUCAAUACUUUCACAUGACAGACAAUUUAACAUCCGAGACUUUGGAAAAGCAGUGGACAAGUCAAGAUGGUUGACCUCUCCGAUUGAAGUUAAUGCAUAUUACAAUCCCUCCAGUAAUAAAGUGGAAUUUCCCGCUGCUAUCUUACAAUUCCCGUUCUAUAAUCAACGUUUUACAAGAGCGUCUAGCUAUGGCGCAAUAGGGAGUGUAAUCGGCCACGAGGUGUCUCACGGGUUCGAUGACAAAGGAAGUAAAUAUGACGAGCAUGGGAACCAGGUUCAAUGGUGGACUAACAAGACGAUCCUAGAGUUCCAGAAGAGGGCGCAGUGCUUCGUGAGUCAGUAUAACAAUUUUACCUACCACGGAGAAAAGGUCAAUGGGUGGUUUUCAUUGUCGGAAAAUAUGGCAGAUAACCUUGGCAUCGAGAAAGCAUACAAAGCUUACAAAGAAUGGACAAAGCGAAAUGGGGAGGAGCCGCGUUUACCCGGCGCUAUGCUUACUAAUGAUCAAGUAUUUUUCGUCAGCUUUGCAAGGGGUUGGUGUAAGCUCAUCAAACCGCUUGGGCGCAAAUAUGAGAUGUAUGGAAGGUAUGCGCCAGUCGCCUACAGGGUGAACGCCACUCUUCAAAACGUGCAAGGUUUUGCCAAAGCCUUUAGCUGUCCCCUUGGAUCGCCAAUGAAUCCAGUUAAAAAAUGCAAGAUUUGGUAAAAGGCAUGACCACGAAGCAUCUAGAAUCAGUAGAAGCUGUCAGGUUUGGCUCUUGAAUUGCCUCCUCGAUGAAAAAAAAGCAAGUCGAAUAUUGUUUUGGACUACUGGCGACAACUGUCCUUGAUGAAAGGCGAGUUCAACAUUUUUAAGCAGCUCUUAUUAAAAUUUCACUCCAGGUUCAGCCAAUCAAAAUACAGAGCGGCCAUGAAUAGUUAAUUGAGAUCACUGCGCCAUCAAAUGUGUGUCUACAGGGCACUAUUUUGAAUUCUGCGCCAAGCUUGUUAGUGAAAAUGGCGAGAUUUGUGCACUGGUCGCUUGUUCUUGUGUUCGUAGUUGCUGUAGCUCAUGUGCGAGUUGGAAUCUGUAGUUUUGAAUCUUACGAGAACGAUGACAACAACGAAGAGUUGACAAACAUCUGGGCCGUUGAGCUUGAUACUGACGACGAGGAUGUAGCGAGGAGAAUUGCCGAAGAGUACAAAUAUGAUUAUGGUGGCCGAGUUGGGUCGCUACCGCACCAUUUCAAGUUCAUAAAACAGGCAAAGAAAGACGACAAAGGGAUUGAUUCAGUUGCGAAUGACGAUGGAAGCGAGGAAACCAUUCGCAUGGACGAGAAACGAAUGCUUGGCCAUCCGCGUGUCAAGUGGAUGGAGAGACAGAGAGUUUUGGUGAGAGAAACACACAAGGAGAAAACCUCAAAGUAGCCCAGCUAGGAGGCGAAAAGGGAGAUGAAACUAUGAGAGAGUGAAGCAUGAGUAUUUGUUAUUCAUUUGCAUACUACGCUCAGUGAUUCCACCGUUAAAUUGAAGCGGGUUUCGGGAUAAAACUUCAGCAUUCACUAUACGGUACAUCGACAAGUGUGUGGAGCACUUGCAAAUCUCAAAAGAUUUGCGUACUUUUUAAAUGUUACUUUAAAAUGUAUUGUUUUGCUUUCCAUAUGGUUCAAUCGUCAUGUAAAUAGCAAAAGAUAACAUUUAGCAUAAUUUCGCAUCUCUGAUGUUUUACUAAAACGUGAUUAUUUACCGAUAAGAAAUACCAGAAAUGCAGAAAAAAAACUGUCAGAUUAUAUGCUACAGACAUCCAUUAUUGUUCCCAAGAUAUUCGCGUUUUGUUCCCAAAAUAUUCGCGUUUUGUUCCCAAAAUAUUCGCGUUUUGUUCCCAAAAUAUUCGCGUUUUGUUCCCUAAAUAUUUGGGGUUAAUUGAAUUGCAAAGAGCGCGAAAACGCGGCUAAGCAAACAUUACAAAAACAGUAUUGCGUUAUGUUCAAUGUAAUGUGAUUUUAUUGAAAAUAUUAAAUAUAUUGAAAGAG